AUCCUCAGAUGUCUCCAGAACUCCCCAGCCCAGAGACCAAGUGGUGGCCUUGGAAAGCAGAUGUCAGGCUCUGGCAUUGGCAAUGACCACCUCAUUGCUCUCACACUGCCCCCACAUCAACCAGGGCUCCCAGAACCCCCAUCCUUUGCUCCUCCAUGAAUGACAAGUCCUGGUCCCCCUACCUCAUGUUUUCUAGUUUGGGGGUGGCUCCAUGCUCUCCCUUUCUCCCAAGACCGAGGUUGGGAAAUGAGAACCAGGUUUUUAACUUGUGGCUGCUCCUGUUGCUGCUGCUGCUCCUCUGUAUCUGGCUGUAUAGGAGGAGAACCCAGCCCCUGCCCACCACAGGGGCCUCCUUCCAGGCCACUCAGGACAUUUUUAGCUUAUGUUCUCCCCAUGUUCCCUUUUCCUCUGAACUUCCCUGUUGCCAGCCCUCCCUACCCACAAGAGGGACACCCAUGAGUGGGGUUCUGAGGCUCCCCUAUGGGGACAGUUCCGUUCUUGAAAUGUCAGUGUUGGGGACUAUCUGUGGCCUGUGAGGCCCAUCUCAGGUUUUGGGAUCCCCCAGUCCCUAGGAUCAGUGUUGGGGUAUCCCUGGGAGCCUAAUUUCUUUGAGGCCCCAGCCCCUCUUUUAACUACCCUUGUAUGAGUAUGUCCCCUGUAUUUAUGGAAAUAAAGUUCCAUUUCCUCAGAGUGGCUUGGCUUAUUUCCAGGUGAAGGGGACCUAGGCUCCUCAAGGAGGGUGGGAAUGGAAAGCCUGGGGCCUGGGUGCCCGGAUGCUUGGGCUGGGAUGGGGACCCCCUUGGUGUUUCCGUCUUCUCAAUGCCCAUUCUGUGUGGGUUCCUGAUUCUCUGCGGGUUCUUUCCUGCUGAAGACAAUUCUCUUCCUGUCCCAGCCUAGGAUUAGGGGGCUGAACCCUAGGCUCCAGUGGUUUGGGCCUCAGUUUUAGGGGUGGAAUGUGCCUGCCACCCCCAGGCUAGACGAGGAGGCUGAGGGUCAGGGUGGGCAUUUGUUGUGCCCCUUUUUGACCUUUGUAGGCCAGAGCUGGGUGAGGGGCUAUACAAUGAGCCUCCUUUUCCUUGAAAGAAGGAAUUUUGGCUCACACAAUAGGGCCCUGUCUGCUCUGGCAUGGAGGGUGGUGGCUGACUCAACUCUGUGCCCCCCAAGCCCUAACAAAUGUCAUCAAGAGAUGGGGGCACUUUUCCCCUUAGUUCCUUGGGCUGCCCCCCUGCCCUUUUGACAACUUACUUUUAUUUCUUUUCUCAGCUGAUCUUGCCUCUUCUCUCAUGACUUGAUCUGCUGUUUCUUGCCAGCCUGCUCUUCUCCCUGCCCCCAAUUCUCCAGCAGUCUGUCUUGGGUUGAAGUAGGGCUAGGGAAAGGUCAUAGGGUAUUGGUGGUGUUAGAGCUAGGAGUCUCUGUUAAUUUAGGAAUCCAGAAUUUGGGGCCCUCAUAGGGUUAGGAAAAUUCUUCUAGGGAGCCCUAUGCUAGAGUGGGGGUGAGAGUUAUAGGACUUGACCCCACUGAGCUGAUCAGGCUAGAACUAAGGAGGAGGCUUGUGGGAGGGGGUAGGAAUGGGAGGCCUCUGUCUGGCCUAGCCCCUCCUCUCCUUCCCUGCCCAGAGGGCCCACCCACCAGUCUGAGCUGCUGCUGCUGAGGCUGGUCUGCCUGAAGUCUCCCUGGAGAGAGAGGAAGCCAGCCCACAGAGUCUGAACUCAAAGAGAAUCAUGGGGUCCAAGGCUGAGCUGUGCACACUCUUUGGUGGACUUUCAUUCCUCCUGCUAUUGAUAUCAGGCGAGGGAGCCAAGGGUGUAUCCCUCAAAGAGAGUCAGGGGGUCUGCUCCCAGCAGAUGCUGGUGGUCCCACUACGCUACAAUGAGUCCUACAGUCAACCGGUAUACAUGCCCUACUUGACCCUGUGCGCUGGAAGGCGCAUCUGCAGCACUUACAGGACCACCUACCGCGUGGCGUGGCGGGAGGUGAGACGGGAAGUGCAGCAGACCCAUGCCAUAUGCUGCCAGGGCUGGAAGAAGAGACAUCCAGGAGCGCUCACCUGUGAAGCCAUUUGCGCCAAGCCUUGCUUGAACGGAGGCGUCUGUAUUGGGCCGGACAAGUGCGAGUGCGCCCCCGGCUGGGGAGGGAAGUACUGUCACGUGGACGUGGAUGAGUGUAGGACCAGUGUCACCCUCUGUUCGCACCGUUGUUUCAAUACCGCCGGCAGCUUCACUUGUGGUUGCCCGCAGGGCAUGGUGCUGGGCCCCGAUGGGCGUGCCUGCGCGGAGGGGUCCCCAGAGCCCCCAACCAGUGCCAGCAUUCUGAGCGUGGCAGUUCGGGAAGCGGAACAGGACGAGCCCGCCCUAAGGCGGGAGAUUCGUGAACUGCGAGGGCGCCUGGAGGGGCUGGAGCAGUGGGCCGCGCAGGCUGGAGCUUGGGUACGGGCAGUGCUGCCCAUGCCACCCGAAGAGCUACAGCCAGAACAAGUGGCUGAGCUAUGGGGCCGGGGUGACAGGAUCGAAUCUCUCAGCGACCAAGUGCUGCUGCUGGAGGAGAGGCUGGGCACCUGCUCCUGUGAGGACAACAGUCUGGGCCCAGGACUGAAUCGAUAAGGAACUUCUAGAGCACCCAAUCCCCUAAUUUAUAGAAACUGGACCCCACUAAUCAUCUGGGAUUGGCCAACUGGGAGCUGCAAAUAAGACUGCCACAGAGGAGCUAUGAGCCUGGAAACUUUGAAGAGCUGAAGAAUGGGCAAAGGCAGGCUGUGUUAGCCUGCCCAUUUCUUCUGGUUGGGGACAGGUUGUCUGGACAAAGCCUGUGUCUUCAAAUCCUUAACAAACAUGGCAAGAAAGCACCCAGAUCUCUCUCUCUCUUUAUUUUCAGUUGCUUGCUGUUAUCCAGAUAAUAAAAACCAACCAUGAAAAA